AUGAAUAUCCAAACCUCCACAGACGCCCAGUUGGAUGAUAACAUCGGCCUCAAAAUCGCCAUCGAGGAGGCUAAAAAGAGUCUCACUGAGAAUGCGUUAAUUUCUUCCACGGGGGAGGUGUUGGCUCGUUCUCAUAACCUGGCGUGGCAGAAGAUGUCCCCUAUAUUCCAUGCCGAGAUGGCAACCUUUGACGCUGCAGGGCACGUUUCGAAGGCAGUCUAUCGUCUUGCAACGUUAUAUACGACGCUGACGCCCUGCGACAUGUGUACCGGAGCGAUUCUAUGGUUUGGUGUGGGGAGGGUUGUAAUGGGAGAGGCAAAGUCUGUUGGUGGCGGAGGUCAUGAUAUAUUGAGGAGUCGAGGGGUGGAAGUGAUGGACAUGGACAGCGAGGAGUGCUAUGAGAUGCUGCAGAAGUUUAUGAAGGAUCAUCCAGAUAGGUGGAAAAAUCCUUCCAAAAUUGCUUGCAAUUGA